AUGCCCCUCGACGACGACGAUAAUCCCACCGCGGCGCCGGUCGCGGCCCAGCUCAAUAACGACUCGGGCGCCGGUGAUGAAGCCGAGGACGAGGGCCUCUUCGACAUGCGCCUCUUUGCGUCCAUGUUCAACAAGAAGGGCGUCGCCUCGCAGGCCGUCCGCAAGGGCCAAAAAGAUUUUGAAUCGCAUGGCACAAAGGCCCAGGAGAACGCGCUGGAGAUGAGCAGGCAGGUCAUCGAGGAGGUGCUUGGCUACACGAGAGUGCACAGGGACACUUGGAGCAAGGGCUGGUACUUCCCGGACUACUGGACCGAGGCGCUGGAGGCCAUUGAGGAAGGGGACACGUCCGGGCUGGCGAAGCCCGAGUACCUACACGAGUUCAUGACCGAGACAAGACCGAUAUACGCCAAGGAGAGGGUAUUGGUCGUGGAGGAGCUGAAGGGUCCGCAGGCCAGGUCCAUGGGCAGGGUGAUUCGAGGACUCAAGGCACCGAGACCAGCGGUGGGAAAGCUGUGGCUGUUGCCCGAGGAGGCGCUGUUUCUCGUUGAGAGGGGCAGCUUGGAGCUCUGGUGGCCGUACCGCGAGCUCAGGGAGAUUCUGCCGCCGCCGGAGGCGAAGCUCGCCGAAGAGCAGACGGUUCCUGGAGACGUGCAUUUCGAUGACGAGUUCGACGCCGGCGUGCCCUUGAGUUUACAAGCCGCCUACUCGUUCUUCAUCGGCCUGGACGGCGAACGGGGCAAGAUCUCACUCCCGAAAUACCAAGUCUACUCACAUCUCAGACGAUUGGGAUACUACGUCCAACGCGCGCCACCAGAACCUGCAGAUUCCAUAUCCACGCCCAAAGUACCGCGGAAAUCACUGUGGCAAUGGCUCGUCUCCCUCCUCCAGAGACCGGCGGCGUCGCCCGCAACACCGCCCUACGGACCUCUAGUCAAGCCGGGCGUCUACAGGCAAUACAGUUUCGUCUACAAACGCCUCGAGUUACUGUCCCGCUACCAGCCGUCGCCCGCGCCGCAGGAGCCCAAACAGGCCGAGGACCCGUACAAGAUCCACUGGCACGUCUGGAAGCCAUCGAAGCACCCCAACCUCCGCGUGACGGACCUCCCUCCACCCGACAUCCGCAUCGCCGUCGCUGACGCGCGGGACGAUGCGAUCCCGGGCAUCGAAGAGAUUUCGGCACUGCUGGACUCGACGCCUUAUGACGCGCCCAACCCGGUCUCGAUGGGCGGGCCGGGGAGGCUCUACCAACGGCUGAGGCACGGGUACCGUAACGUCCUCAUCGCCGUCGUGGACCGAGGCUUGGUGAAUUUCAUGAGGUUCGGGCAGGCAGCGUUUGGUGAGGAGAGGCUCUACGAGAGGUUCGACAACCGGGGCGGGUUCCGCGGCGGGAAGAGGGGUGGGAGGGGUGGGCGCGGGAGGGGAGGAGGCAGAGGACGAGGCCGGGGUCGGUGA